AUGACGGAGCAUGAUCUAAUGGAGCCUGGCGACUCUGAACAAACCUCCGGCCUCUCCUCGCCUCCUCGCCGCGACUCCAUGGAAGACGCUGAUUCCACUGGCACCCUCACCCGCAAACGACCGCGCUUAGACAGCGGCAGCAAAGCCACCCGUAGAAUGUCGGUGGAUGUUUCCACCAGCGACACGCAGUCCCCAGGAAACCACACCCCCGAGCCCGUCGAGGUGACCAUCAACGUGCGCUCACACCCUCCCUCGUCGCAGCCAGACUCAUCGGCCGACCUGCCUGCCGACCUCACCGGCUCAGACUCGCCGCCCGUGCUUGUCGACCCUGGAAACGCCGCUAUGGAGGACGACAUGGCCGCCGACAGCCCCCCCGUGGUGGAAAUCAAUCUAGAUGGAGAUACCGACGAUGGCUACAUGGAGCCACAGGUCAUUGAGAUUGGUGUGACCGUCCGAGAGGUCAUGUUGCAGUUUCCUUUCCGUGAACGCUUGAACGGGCUUCCAAGCGCUCUCCACCAGAUUGGCAUCCAUGUAUCAGCCCAGGACAAUCUCGAGCCUUCUCUAUUGCCUCAGCUUGCCGACUGGCUGAACCAGUACCCUAGCCACCCUUCGCAGUGGGAAGAUUUCUAUGUGAAAGAAGCCGACUUCUGGGAUGGAAUCGCCGACAUAUUCAGGAGAGCCCUUAAUCGGCGAUAUCCACUGGGUGAUGACUUCACUGUGCACGGGGGAUCCGCAACAGACAUCGUCGGCAAGUGCCUGCUGGCAUAUCUCAAGACAUGCGUUCGGAUUACGAAGAUUGACGUCGCGCGCCUCGAAUCUUUGCCGGAAGAAACUCAUCCGGAGCAUCGCGUUAUGUGUGUUCCACACUUUAGGGCUAUGACUGCCAUACUACGCGGCGAUUCGAACAACCUCUUCCGCCAGAUCCAGAAGGAGUUCAACGAAGAAACCCAAACUUUGGUGAACCGAUUGGUCAUGGAACUGCUCAAGGAUGAUUCCAAUGGCAUUCUUCAGUUCGUUCGUCUCGCAGAAGUGUCUUGGGCCAAGGGCCCAGUACCGGUCAAGAAUUGGAUCGCGAACAGCGUCAUACCGCUUCUGAAUAACAUUUGCCGUAUUAUUCUUGAAACGCCGCAAAUAAUUGACCCUGCCAAGGUGCCACAGCUCUGCGACAUAUUACUCCGCGCCUUUCGAGUCUAUGAUGCAGACCUGCAGGCACCCGGGAAGAUCCUCGAUGUACAGUUCAACCGCGAUCUGGUUCUGGCCUGCUCAAUUCUACUCAAAGCCGUCGCUCUUCUGGACCCUCAGAAAGCGAAACAGCUUGCAGAUGAGUUCAUGGGAUUCGACGGAGAUUCAGCGUCUUCUACGUCCUCUAGCCCUGUCGAGGAGAACAUGGCAUCUACCACAGCGUCAGAGAACUUCAGCUCGGACUUGCUCCCGGCGUUGGCAUCCAAUGCAUGGAAAUUCAAGCUACUCAAGAAGUACAUAUCAAAAGGCCGAAUGGAGCUCCGCGUCGUGUGCAUCAGCACCAUGGACACACAACUGGUAGAGAUAUGGAAAGAGUACAAUGGCCUUGGGCACGACCACCCCUUGAUGCAAUACUUGGCCGAUUACUUGCUCCAUGGCAAGGUAGUUGAUUACAUCAUUGGAGUUGAUUCUCAUCCACAGCUCAUUUCACGGAGUGGCAACAUCGUUGGGUUUUUGGUCGUCACCCGUCGAUUUACUGACAAGGAAACGGAUGCCAUAUGGCGCGCCAUUACACACAGCCCCGAUCCACGCGUUGUCAGCGCAAUCAUCCUCAUGCUUAAGCAGAUUGUUAAUCUGAUGCUAUUGGACGAUCUACUCGCAAUGAUUACGAAGCUCUACCAAAUGCCAAUCGAAUCUUACACCUUGGAAGUGUUGAGAUUUGCCCGAGAGAUCACUGUGCACAUCAUCCGGAACCACUAUGUUUGGAACUCGUUUGAUGAUCGUCCGAGCCCGGCAGAGUUGUUUGUCCGUAUGAUGCAGGAUACUGGGCCGAGUAGGGCAUCAACGAAGCUCACCAACUCUCUUUACUCCGAAGCCGCAGAACAGCUCGGCAAUCUGGCCUCCUCUAUUGUCAACGGUCAAGAACGCCUCAAGAUAUAUCAAUCCUGCGUCGAUAACAUUGAAAACAAGUCACCGAAGGCUACAGGCAGUGCUCAUGCAUUCUUCCUGCUCCACAAAGCCCACAGCUACGAAGAUAGUCGGGUAAUGAGCAACUUGGAUCUAGGUCGUCACUUGGUCUUGGAGCUAUGCGACUAUGUCGAGAAUGAGCGCUCUAGCGAGCAAACAAAUGAGGCCCUUAAGUAUCGCCUUUAUCUGAUCGCACACAUUGCCACUCACGUGCCAUCCGAGCUCUACAGCCAGCUUUGGGAUCACAUCUUUGGCAAGGAUGCUUGGAACAACGACAUGCGCGAUCAAGCUUGGUGGCUUAUCAUCGAAGCUGCGAAACGUAGUCCUCUUCGGAACGAGUUUUGUGCUCUCAUUCUCUCGGAUUUCAUCCCCAGGGUAGACCCGAUCUAUUAUACCAAAGGACUAUAUGAGUUCAUUACCCGGCUUGUCCCUGUUCAGGAGAGGAAGACAAAAGCGCCUGACGAUAACAGCAACAACGAAGUUCUUGCGAUUCCUGGCGCGAAUCUGCUUUGGCCGCUAGUUUUGAACGCACAUACCGAUCUGGUGGUAGACGUCUCUGCGAAGAAUCUGGCUGCGCGAUACCUCGAAGUUUAUCGUAAUGCUGGAGUAACUUUCGAGCAAGUAGAGGAAGCGCACGCCGCACUCGCCGAAGAGUGCACAAACCGACUCCUGUCCUCUUAUCAUAUCCUCAGGCCAGGCAGUACGGUCGGAUCUACUGGCCAAGGCGAGCCAAUGGUCGUUGCUGCCUCAGAUGAGGAGAUUUGCGCGCACGAGCGCCAUUUCACACGGACACUGCUCUUCGCAAAGCUGUUUUUGCUUACGAUACGAAGCAAGCCCGAGUUUGCCCACUCCCGUAAGGCAGAGUCGGCGUGCGAGUCCAUCGAGCAGGAGCUGUACCGCGGGGAGCCGUUUCAAGUUAGAUUCCAAGUAUUUGGCGGCGCUUCGAACGAGAGGCAACUCAUUGUCAUCGGCAAGGAGGACACGGUUCAAGAACUGCACGAUCGUCUUUGUCGUCUGACAGGUUUCACAAAGCUGAGGUUCAUUGUGGGCGGCCAGAAUUUCUCCGUUCAAGACUCCGCAGACAAGCAACUCCACGAAGUUCCUGGUAUAGACUGGAUCCUCGUCAGCAAAGCAGUGGAUGGAGAGCCACUAAAGCCCGAGGUCAACAUCGAUGCUAACUGCUCCAUCUUUGAGACGACCAUAUUGAACCACUUCGAGGAGAUGUACUCGUGCAUGGACUCCGAGGAUCAUAUCAGUGAGGCGAUGUACGAUUUCCUCUUCCUUCUAAAGCCCCGAGAAGCAAUUGCCGAGUCAGUCGCAACUGGCACUGCCCGCAGCACCGACAUAUUUCCGCCUGGUAAGGUCUUUCAGGCCAAAUAUGCCGGCCUAGCACUUCAGAGUCGAUUGCGUGCCCAAUUGAAUAAGGGUAUCGUCGACGAAAAGUUUCUCUCUACUACAAUCCAGCUAUUGGACUCAGCUCUUCUCAACAAUGAAUUAAUCGGUGCUUCUUUGGCGGGUAAACAUGAUGUCCCUCUUGCUUCGGUCUUAGUCAAUGUGCUACUCAGCUUUCUUAAAGAACGACCACUCCAAGACCUCUCAUCGAACUAUUUCUCAGACGAAAAGCUCUUGGUAGACCGAUUAUUUUCGGUGAUAUACAAAGCGCUUGACAACGGAAACACUGGAGCCGUCGCUGAUUGCUACGCCACCAUAUUAGAGGCAUUUCUACACUCGAGGAAGGUCUGGGAGGCAUUCGUUUCUCGGGCGGACUUCGAGUCGCUCCACAAGAUACUGCUUCUUGUCAAUGGAAGCAGUGAUCUGCGACAAAUGGUUGCAAAAUCGAUUGCGUCCGUGUGCGGCGGUGCUCUACCAUCCUCCUCGCCGUUGACAGCAAGUGAGAUUGCCUCAUUCUACUGGAAAACAAUCUCCUCGAUCGUCCCCCAUUCCGUUGAGUACCCGCGGCAGUCAGCUCAACUGUUCGACAUUGCGGAGCAAGUUCUCCGGAGAAAUGACGAGUACGACCGCGACGAGCCUACCCUUCGGGUCUUCUUGAGUUCUUGGAGCAGCCUUUUACUUCGAUACAAACAUGAGGAGUUCGUUGGCCGCGACGAGGUUGACACCGUCGUUCUAGGAUUCACCAAACUUCUCCGGUCCUGCAUUCAGUCUCUCAAAUCAUUCAAGAAGCCAUUAGAUGCCGGAACGCUUAUGGAGCAGACCUUCUCAAAGUUUCUCUUUCCACCGCCAGCGAACUUAUCUUACGAAGUGGAUCCGAAUGAACAAAUCAUCCUCCCGGUCCUGAACAGCGAAACAAGAAAAGAGUUGUAUGAACUCAUCCUAGCGCUAGCAGAGGAUAGUAGCAGCUACGGAUUGCUUCUAUCAUUAACCGAUUCCUUGCUCAGCAACGAUGCGCUAGACCUAGAUGAGAUUCAGUCCUGGAACUACGGCAUUGAUCGAAGCACCGAAAUUCGGUCUUCUACUGGCUACGUGGGCCUUGUCAACCCGCGGGCAAUAUGCUACAUGAACUCGCUCCUCACACAGCUCUUCAUGAAUGUCAACUUCCGGCAGUUCAUGCUGGACGCUAACAUCUCCGACGCGAGAGGGUCGCAGCAGCUGCUUUCAGAAACACAGAGACUUUUCGCCCAAAUGCAAAACACCUAUCGCAAGGCCGCUGACCCUAGAAGUUUCGCAGCGUUCGUAAAGGGCUUGGACAGUGAGCCGAUUGACAUCAACGUACAGAUGGAUGCGGACGAAUUUUACAACCUCCUCUUCGACCAAUGGGAGGGACAAAUGCUUUCCCCGGCUACCAAGCAGCUUUUCCGCUCGUUUUACGGCGGGCAUACCGUCAACCAGAUCAAAUCAAAGGAAUGCGAGCACGUGUCUGAGCGUGUUGAGAGCUUCUUCGUCAUUCAAUGCGAUGUUCAAGGAAAGGCCAAUCUGCAGGAGAGUCUACAAUCUUUUGUUGAAGGCGACGUCAUGGAAGGAGAUAACAAGUACAAGUGCGAAUCUUGUGGAGGCAAAUUUGUCGAUGCUGUUAAGCGGACUUGCCUGAAAGACGUGCCCGAUAACUUGAUAUUCCACCUGAAGCGAUUUGAUUUUGAUCUUAUCGAUAUGCGGAGAACCAAGAUCAACGACUACUUCGAGUUUCCCACCGAGAUUGAUGUUAGCCCCUACAAUGUGGACCAUCUCAGCGAUCCAGAGAAGCCCCGGAAAGAGGAUAUCUUCGAGCUCGUUGGUGUUCUCGUCCACCAGGGCAACUCGGAGAAUGGCCACUACUACUCUUUCAUUCGCGAACGACCGUCGGCAUCUGGAGGCUCGCAAAAGUGGCUCGACUUCAACGAUCGCGAAGUGACAGAUUUCGAACCUAGCCAAAUCGCAUACAACGCUUUUGGAGGGAUCUAUGACGAACACUUCCAGAGACAGCAGAAACCGUUCAGUGCGUAUAUGCUUUUCUACCAACGAAAAUCAGCGAUGGAUGCAGACCACCAGAAGUUUAUCAGCACUUCUCUCUCUGGGCCUACCAAAGUUCCGAUUCCUGCCGAUCGUGAAAUUUCUAUUGCUCAAGAUAACGAAGCGUUCGUCCGAGAAUACUGUCUCUACGACCCCAACCACUCUCGCUUCGUCCGACAAGUUCUGUAUCAACUGCGCGAUGUGAACAACGGCAUAUGCUCCGAGAACCACAGACAGGAAAAACUGGUCCUGGGUAUCACGAUUCAGCACAUAACCCAAGUCAUCGGCCGGCAGAGGGACAUCUCCAAUUUCGAUGAGAUCAUGAUUCAACUUUGGAAAACCGUCCAAGGAUGCGUGACUUGCUGUAGAGUGGCUGUUGACCAGCUUUGCAGCAACGAGCACACGCUCGUCGGCCUUCUUCUACGAUGUACACACUCGAAGAUCCGAAUGGGGAUCCGAUCGUUCUUGCGAGAGUGUCUGUUUAAGAUUCGCGAAGAAGACUCAGUCAUGUAUGGCGUCGAUACUUCCGACGAAGACUUGGAGGCUUUAUUGGCCACCAACGAGGACGGUGCUCUAUCAGUUGUAACACGGCAACUCGGGCAACUGAAAAAGCACAUGUGGAUUGGUACGCGUGGCUGGGAUGACUACUUCCGCCUUCUCGCCGACAUAGCUAGCAAAGGAACGCAUGAAGCAGCAGUCAUGUUGGAGAAUGACACGCUUCUCUUCUGCUUGCGCCUUUUCGCCAUGCAUGCUUCUCCUAACAUCAGAAACGCGGACAUCAGUCUCUGGAAGUUGGUGGACAAGAAGAAGGGUGUGUUCAACCAAAUAAUCGAGCUGGUCUGUUGUCUGCUACAUCGGAUCGACUUGAAUGCAGAGUCAGUCUACAACCACCAACAACGUUUGAGUGCCUUCAGUGGAGGCAGGUUUCCACUCACUAGGAACGAGCGAAGCGCUCUUCUUACUUGGCAUGAAGACUACAAGAUAUACGCCACGUUCGACAUGAUGAUCGAGAAAUUUGAGCCCUCAAAGUCUCAAUGUUUCUGGCCGGGCGAAAUCAUAAAGCUGGCGCUGGCAUUUGACAGCACUAGCAUUCGCUCUCGGCUCUCCCACACGAUCAACGAAGGAAUCACAACAAUCAGUCCACCUGGCAAUGAGGUUUACAUUCGCGCGGCCGUUUCAUUCUGCGAAGCUUGCCGAAGUACAACGGAAAUAACUCAUACCAUCCAGAGCGUUACGGCGGAUACAGAGAAGUUCCUCGAUCAAAACGGCGAAGCUCGCCUGGACUUCUUCACCCACUUGCCCAAUCUGCAGAAUCCCAACACACCCCCAACAUUCUUUUACGAACAAGCAAUCAUUUUUGCAAAGAGAUAUGCUGUCGGUCUCCUUCUGUACGAGGAUGAGUCUAUACGACGAAACGCAAUGACGAUUCUUGAUCACUUGUUCCUCAGGCUCUCCAUCGCUGGACCCAAUGAACGAGAACUCAAGUUCAGAAAGUUCAAAACCAUGAGGGAACUACUCAAGGUACUUUGCAACCAUGUCCUCUUGGAUUACGACGCUGGCGCGAACCGAAGUAUCAUAUACUUCUUGUUCCUCUUUGCUCGUACCCUGGCAGCGGCUGUAUCGGAAUGGCAGCGCAACGAGGACGAGUGCUUCCUUGAGGCGGAAGAUGAGACGUUGCUUCGAACCUUCAACUUAGUUGACCAACGGUUCCGCAACUGGCCACUUGAAGAUGACACUCUCUCUGGUGGUAAAUGCUCCCUACUCCUAGACGAUAGCAUGUUACCAACAUAUGACAUAGAUGCCUACGACGACUCCCAGUAUGAAGAGAAUUCUUCAGAAGAAGAGGCAAUUGACGUGGACCGCUGA